AUGUUCGGACGAGGGAAAAGUAGUCUCUCGAAGCCAAAAAAGGUUCAUUCUCUUGAAAAUUUGAAAUAUCUUCACUCAGUGUUACAAAAGAAUCGAGCUGUUAAUGAACAAAACUAUGGGAUACUAGUUGAAGCUCUUCGAUUAAUUGCAGAAAUUUUAAUCUGGGGUGAUCAAAAUGAUAGUUCAGUCAUGGACUUUUUUCUUGAAAAGAAUAUUCUGGAGUACUUUUUGCAGUAUAUGAAACAAGAUUUAAGUCGAAGAAUAUGUGUUCAGUUACUACAAACUUUAAAUAUCUUAUUUGAAAAUAUAACAAAUCAAACAGCUAUCUAUUACCUUCUGUCAAACAAUCAUACAAAUGCUAUCAUUACGCAUCGUUUUGAUUUCACCGACGAAGAAGUGAUGGCUUAUUAUAUUUCAUUUCUAAAAAUAUUAUCCUUUCGUCUCAACGUAAAUACCAUCAGCUUUUUCUACAUUGAGUCUCGUCGAGAGUUUAAUUUAUAUGUUGAAGCGAUUAAAUUGUUCGCUCACCCGGAGGGUAUGGUUCGUAUUGCUGUACGUACUAUCACUCUAAAUGUACAUAAAGUUAAAGAUGAAGCUGCUUUGGAGUUUAUUCACCAUCAGACUUCAUUAAUUUACUUCUCACAUCUUGUGUGGUCAAUAGGUAAUACAAUAUUAGAUAUUGAUUGUCAUAAGUGUCAAACUAAGUUGAAAGAUUUAGUUGCAGAGCAUAUUGAUCAUUUACACUACAUAGAUGACUUGUUGUCACUGGGUAUAGAAGGUUUAAACGAAGUACUGUGUGACCAGUUACUGAGGAGAUUAUUUAUACCGUUACAUAUCUACUCCUUAUUGAAGCAAUACAAGUCGGAUGCAACAACAAAUCUAGGGACAGUUCGUAGACCUCGUCUAUCCUAUUCCGUGACAGUGUUUACACUAAUUCAUGUGUAUUUAUUUCUACGUGAUACUCGACUAAUCUGUUUACUUACGGAAGCUAUUCUAAUUGGCGAUCUCACAUUGCCUGGCUUAAUAAUACCUUGUAAUAUACCAUGUUCCAAUUCACAAAUUGUCUUCAAUGACCCCACAACUCAGGAUUGUUCUGUAAGUUUUCAAAGAAAUUUAAAUUACGAAGAGACUGAUGAUACUGCAUCUGAUGAUGAUCCAGCAAUGAUCAUUGCUAAAACGUUAAUUGCUGCCACUGUGUCUUUACGAGCUUCUGACCAAGCAUCACCUGGGCAAAGAUUAACUACCUACUUAAUACAUUCAGUGACAUCCAAAAAUCCAUUGAUAUUUUCUCAACCUAGUGAAUCAUUAGAACAUGGAUUAACUCAAGCGAAAGGUGUAACACCGACAUUGAUGUCUGUUCUAUGGCCACCCAAUGUGGCUCCACUAAAACUAGUGGAGAAGAAUACAGAAACUUACGUUCAGUCAUCCAUUUCUUCAAACCCAUGUGAAAAACACUCAUCUGAUCUGUCACCAGGCGAUUCACAAAUACAAUCUCCUAACAGCUGUAAAGAUUCGUACGCAUCUAUUGAAAAAUCCCCAGUUAAAAUUGAAGAUUCGUCAUCUAAUUCAUCAGUCGUUUUUGAACAAAACGAUAAAACAAUCGAUGCUGACUUAUCGAAUCUAUCUGGCCGUGUUUUUUUAAGAUCUUUAUUUCGUUCUUUGGAAAUUCGUUCCGGUUCAGAUCAAGAUGCUAUAUUCUCUAUUCUCCUUUUAUUCGCUAUAAAAUCAAAUAAAGCCUACAAAGCAAUUGAUAGAUCCUAUCAGAAUAAACUUCGAAAUUGA